AUGCUGAUUCCUUUACGAGCGGUUUUUGAGAAAUUAUUGGGGAAUCUGCCCAUAGUCACACAGCUGAGGCUCACUCGAUACCUAUCAACGUUCAUAUCGGCUUACUUCGGUCUGCAACUCCUCCAAUCACGUCCAAGUAAAACCUUCACUGAAGACCUUCCCCACGAAACGAAGAAUGGCGUGGAACUUCGACCCACUAGGUUUGCGGGAAGAACUCUGGACUUGACUCUCUUUGCUUUCACUCGAGCUCUUGAUUGCGUCGUCGGAGAAUUAUGGGCUCAACGUAAGAGUCGACGACAAGCCUCUGGGAAGUGGUCGAGAUUAGAUGGGAUGAUAUCAUCUGUCACUGACCCGACCCUGUUCGCAAGCUCCUGCGCUCUAAUCAUGUGGGCAUUCAUUUACACACCCGCCCGUCUUCCCCUGGCCUACAACAAAUGGAUUAAAUCCGCCGCUCAAGUGGAUUCUCGUUUACUUAAAGCUCUUCGCUAUUGUCGCUAUGGUGAACUAAAAUAUGGCGUCGAAACGGGCCAGGCACACCUUCUAGGAGAUAUGUGCAAAGAUUAUGGUCUACCAGAAGAGUACGGAGAUCCAACAAAAUCUAUUCCAUUUCCUUGUGAACUAGUCCACAUGGGUGCAGGUCCGAAUUGUGAAUUUCACGCCGUGUCAAGAUUCUAUAAAUCAUUCAUUUGGUCUGCUUCAAUGUAUUUGCCACUGAAUUUGGCACUUAUUCUCCGUAAUCCAAAAAAUUCGAGAAAAGCCUUCGUCCAUGCCCUUAAAUCAUCGGCUCGUUCUUCGGCUUUCCUUUCUGCAUUCAUUACGCUCUUUUACUACGGAAUCUGCCUCACUCGUACGAGAUUGGGACCGCGUGUAUUCGGUACCUGUCCGCACGCCUGUCAAGCCAUCGACUCGGGUUAUUGUAUAGGAGCCGGAUGCUGGAUGUGUGGAUGGAGUGUACUUAUAGAAAGUGCAAAGAGAAGGGAAGAAAUGGGGUUAUUUGUUGCCCCGAGGGCGCUGGCGACUUUGCUGCCGAGGAGAUAUAGAUGGGAGGAGCAGUGGAUUGAGAAGGUCGUUUUCGCCUGGGGAACAGCAGUCGUUUUUACUUGUGUGGGGGAGAACAAAGAUAGAAUUAGGGGUGUGCUGGGGAAGGUUUUGAGUGAGGUUUUAAAUGCUGGCGGUGGGUUCUAG